AUGCGGUGUACGGAAGACAACGUAUUGGAAGCAUGUGAUGCGAUCUACAGGGACGAAAGAGAACGAGGCCGGCGUCCAGAUCGCUGGGCUCCUCCCGUUGUUCUCCGAAUGCUUCGAUGCAGUCUGGCGAAGACUCCUCGGCAGUUGCUUUCGACAGGACAAGAAAGCAAUGAUUUUCAGAUCGACGGCCAACUGCCCAUGAAGAAGACAUUCUCCUGCAAGCUUCGUUUUCUCUUUCCUGCCGUGAGGAAGAAGCACCGGGAGAUGCUGCGGUGUGGGAGGAAAAGCUCCGACGGCGUGGUACAGAUCUGUACCGUUGCAGUAGCGUCCUGCGGGCGAGGCUACUUCAAUCAGCUCCUUCAGGGGCACCUUGACCGUUUUCCAAACACCAGGCGGUCGGGAGGGAGAAUCACGACAGAAUCGCUGAUGCCAUCUUUGGCCGGGAAAGCUGGCAAAUGCGGAUCUAUUCCCUGGUCGGCGUCCGUCAAAUCAUCAGGUGGCGGUCGUGGCGGUGGAGGGAGUCGAUGGCACAGUGGUGGUGUCGCUGGGAGCGCAUUUGAAAUAGCUGCCGAGCCUGUAGGAAUGCGGUGCCUAUUGGCUGGCAGGCUGAGACAUGGACCGCCCAUUGGACCUUUUCAAGCACUGUGGAGUGCGGAAUUGUCGUUCUUGUUUCGACGAGUCGUUGUGCUUGAGGACAGGGAUUUUGCGCCGCCUUCGCACAAUUCGACAGAUGGGACAGAGCUGGGGAGUGAAUGCUUCCAUCUCGGCAUGUUCAAAUCGAGCAAUUGCUGCGACAUGCCGCCGGCGAGUCCAAAGUAUUGCCGUCGUAUCGAGUCUUCAAAUACGCACACCGUUUUGAAACAAGAAGAGGGCUGCAUGCAAUCUAUCCCACCUGUCAGCUCAUGUUUCUCCACCUGCCACCAUCGGGACUGCUGCUGGACAGAUCCGCCCUCGGCACUCUGCCGUACAUACACAUCAUCGCGACUUCUUGCGGGUCGAGUUGCAGGCGAACCCCAGCUCCCCAUCGAGCCCCCGGCCCUCGCUUCGUACAAAAAUUGA